GCCUGGCUGGGACUGAGGCAAGCUGAGCUGCAGAGCGGCCGAGCUGGGGAAAGAGCGCUGGCGGAGGCGCCGCUGCGGUCCCCCCUCUUCCACCGCUCCAGAGACGCGAGGCCGGGGCCCAGGGUGACAGACGAAGGUAAAAAAUGCAUGCAGAAUUCAACAACCAAAAUUUUAAGACAAGUGAAUAUCUUAUGACAAGUACAUCAGAAGGAGGUGCAGCGAGGAGUAAUAUUCAGCCCAACUUGAAAAACUGUACCCAUAAGUGCCAAGCAAAUCUGUUAAGGAUCUAGUUGGGAAGGCCAUCCCUAAAUAGAAGAGAGUAUUCUUUUUGUAUUUUGACUGACUAAAUAUAAAGACAAACCUACAAUAUCAGCCAUUCAACAGCAGAUCCUGGUGCUUCUACAUCUUUGCAUUUAUAACUGGUACAUUAUUUACCUUGCUUUGAAAGCCGCAUAAACUGAAUAGAACAGUUUUGUAAUUGUUCACAAAAAUAACUGAAUGUUAAAACGCUUGCCAAAAUGAGUGCAGAAGGAUACCAGUACAGAGCUUUAUAUGAUUACAAAAAAGAACGAGAAGAAGACAUUGACUUGCACUUGGGAGAUAUUUUAACUGUGAAUAAAGGUACUUUAGUUGCUCUUGGAUUCAGCGAAGGAGAAGAGGCAAAACCUGAGGAAAUUGGUUGGUUGAGUGGCUUUAAUGAAACUACUGGAGAAAGAGGGGACUUCCCAGGAACUUAUGUCGAAUAUAUUGGAAGAAAAAAAAUUUCUCCCCCUACUCCAAAGCCUCGCCCUGUUCGACCCCUUCCUGUUGCACCAAGUCCUGCAAAAGUAGGAACAGACAAUGAUCAGCCAGCUCUUUUACUCCCAGAUCUUUCUGAACAGUUUUCACCACCUGAUAAUGCUCCACCUCUCCUUGUCAAGUUAGUGGAAGCCAUUGAAAGAAAAGGACUGGAAUGUUCGACAUUGUACAGGACACAAGGGUCAAGCAGCAUUGUGGAAUUAAGACAAAUCACAGAGUGUGAUGUUUCGACAGUGGAUUUUGAUGCCAUUGAUCUGCAGAUUUUACAAGAUGCUUUGAAGAGGUACUUUUUGGACCUGCCAAAUCCUGUCAUUCCAGCAUCUGUUUACACUGAACUGAUUUCCACAGCACAAGAAGCGCAGAACUCAGAGGACUCUGCUCAGGUGCUGAAGAGGCUCAUCAGAUCAUCUAAUAUACCUCAACAGUAUUGGCUCACCCUCCAAUAUCUGCUCAAACAUUUCUCCAGACUUUGUCAGAGUUCUGCCAAAAAUCUUUUGAAUGCAAGAUCAUUGGCUGAAAUUUUUAGCACUCUGCUGUUCAGGUCCCAGGUAGCAAGCGCUGACAAUAUUGAAUACCACAUCAAGAUGUUGGAACUGUUAAUUACAAAUGAAUGGAACGAGAGACAACCUGCCCCAGCACUGCCUCCUAAACCUCCAAAACCAAAUACUGUAACAAAUAAUGGUAUGAAUAACAACAUGUCUCUGCAAGAUGCUGAAUGGUACUGGGGAGAUAUCUCAAGGGAGGAAGUAAAUGAGAAGCUUCGCGACACUGCUGAUGGUACCUUCUUGGUACGAGAUGCCUCCACCAAAAUGCAUGGAGACUAUACACUUACAUUACGGAAGGGAGGAAAUAAUAAAUUAAUUAAAAUAUUUCACCGAGAUGGAAAAUAUGGGUUUUCUGAUCCAUUAACGUUCAAUUCUGUGGUUGAGCUAAUAAACCACUACCGAAAUGAGUCUUUAGCCCAGUAUAAUCCAAAACUUGAUGUUAAAUUGCUUUACCCAGUAUCCAAAUAUCAACAGGAUCAAGUGGUUAAAGAGGAUAGUAUUGAAGCAGUGGGAAAGAAAUUACAUGAAUAUAACAUCCAGUUCCAAGAGAAGAAUAGAGAGUAUGACAGGCUGUAUGAAGACUACACAAGAACAUCUCAGGAAAUUCAGAUGAAAAGAACUGCCAUUGAGGCAUUUAAUGAAACCAUAAAAAUAUUUGAAGAGCAGUGCCAAACACAGGAAAGAUACAGCAAAGAAUACAUAGAAAAAUUUAAACGGGAGGGGAACGAGAAAGAAAUACAAAGAAUUAUGCACAACUAUGAAAAGCUGAAAUCUCGAAUCAGUGAAAUCGUGGAUAGCCGGCGUAGACUGGAAGAAGAUUUAAAGAAGCAAGCUGCUGAAUAUAGAGAGAUUGAUAAACGCAUGAACAGCAUUAAACCAGACCUUAUACAACUCCGAAAGACAAGGGAUCAGUACUUGAUGUGGUUGACUCAGAAGGGUGUUCGGCAAAAGAAAUUGAACGAAUGGCUUGGGAAUGAAAAUACGGAAGAUCAAUACUCUAUGGUGGAAGAUGAUGAGGAUUUGCCCCAUCAAGAUGAGCGAACGUGGAAUGUAGGAAAUAUCAAUAGAAGCCAAGCUGAAAAUCUACUACGUGGCAAACGGGAUGGAACAUUCCUUGUUCGGGAGAGCAGCAAACAGGGCUGCUAUGCCUGCUCUGUUGUAGUGGAUGGUGAAGUGAAGCACUGUGUCAUCAACAAAACACCUACUGGGUAUGGAUUUGCAGAGCCAUAUAAUUUGUACAACACACUGAGAGAACUGGUGCUACAUUAUCAACACACGUCGCUUGUUCAGCACAAUGACUCUCUCAACGUCACACUAGCCUAUCCAGUAUAUGCACAACAGAGGCGAUGAAGAAGCGAAUACUCUGGGGUUUGUCUCUUUUUAAUUAAACACCCACAAAGAUAACUCAACAGUCUUGAGGCCUCUGGGUAGAGAAUGUUCAUGUGUGAGAUGCCGUGUCAAAGCUGUCUGUCUUCAGAUGGGACUGAAGCCUUCUUCACAAUCGCAGUGGGAGAGAUUGCAGUUGAGAGCUGUGAAUGUACAUUUCUAAAGUGCUUUUUUAAAAAAAUAAGCAAAGGAAAACGUGGCAACAGAGAGAAGUGCUACACCAGUCUCCCUGCAGGGACAUAGAGGCCUUUAACCAUGGUGCUUGUUGACCAUCUCUUUAAGAAGCUUUAAGAGCUCAAAUAUUGGAACUCUGCAGACCCCAAAGUUCACCUGGGCCCUCGUAAAUGGCAGCAACGUUUCUCAAUAGUGACUUGGGUGAUACAGCUGUGCACAGUGGAUGCAGAUGCCCAGCGUUGUGGAUUGCUGGUGAAUGAUAUGUAGCAGAAUGGCACUUUCAUUUUUAAGGGACACUUUAAAAAGACUUUGAAGAUGAGAAUAUGUUUAUCCGAGAAACAAACAUGGUGACAGAAGUGCCAGGAAGUGUUUUUGUUUAGACAUUUAAAAUCUGUUUUAAGAAGAUAUUUAAGACUUAAAAAUCUGGACUUUUUACAGCAUACAGUAUAUAAAAUGUACAUAGUACUGGAUGACUAACUGUCAUAGGUGGAUACUGUCAAUACCAAACUCAUUCUGUUUUCAUUCUUUAUUUCGCCAAAAGCUGAAUCCUUACACUGCUAUGCAAUACUUCAUUUUCUAUAGCCUGUAUUUCAGUUUCAAGUGUAACUAGAGGAUAAGCUUCUUUCUAAGGUUUUUUGUCGUCGUUGUCUCAAAGCAUCCCCUCACCCUACUAGUCCUUGAUUUUGUGUGCGUGUGUGUGUGUGUUAAUUUCAUUUUGUUCGUUCUCUUUUUUAAAAAAAGAAAUGUACAGGAUGCCAGUAGAAGUUGGCUUCAAAAUUAAACAUAUGUACUAUUUUACAGGGGUUUAUUUUCCUUUGUAUAUAGUAUUGGGCUGCUUGCUCAAGGUUAAAAUUCAUGAUUUCCCUUCUUGACUAAAUAUUUUGUUGGGCAGUGCCUGAUAAGCUUCAAAGCUGCUUUAUUCAAUAAAAAAAUUUAUUAACAUUG